AUGAAUCGCCCUAGAAAGAAGAAGGAAUCAUCGUUACUCCAUGAGCUGAAAAAGCUUGAGCUAUUGGAAGAGGGAGAGCUUGUGGAUAUUCCAGAGCUGGAAAACGAGGACUUGAUAGAAGAAAACUCGAUGAGCAUCAUCGUCAGAUGUUUAAACCCUACAGUCCAUAAAGUGGGGGGCUUGGUUAAGGCGCUACCUCCUAUCUGGGGGAUGGAAGAAGUGGUUAAGGGUAGAGGCGUGGGAGAGAAUAAGGUUCAAUUUUUCUUCCAGCACGAGAGGGACCUACAGCAUGUACUCACCAAGGGGCCUUGGUUCGUGAAUGGCUGGAUAGUCUCCCUCGAUAGAUGGGCCCCUAACGCAGGACCAGAGUUCCUAUGUAGAAUCCCCUUCUGGAUCCGUAUUAGGGGGAUUCCGGUUCACCUCCUCAAGAAAGAAGCAGUUGAAGGCUUGAUAGGGCCGCUGGGAAAAGUGGAGAAAGUUGAGCUCCAUGCGAAGAACUCCUCUUCGGUGGAGUAUAUAUGGGCUUUGGUUUGGAUUAAUACAGAGGAACCUCUACAGUUCAGGAGGAUUGCGCGUUUUAAGUCAGGGGAAAUAGUUCCAACAGAAUUGGAAUACGAGAAGCUGAUCAAGGUGUGCUUCAUCUGUAAGCGUCUAACACAUGACCAGAUCUACUGCCCUAUGCAAGAGGGCCGCGAGACGCUUGAAAGUGGCCGCAGGACAGCUGUCAAACAGGAAGGGGAAGCUGCGAUCUUAGCUAGCUCCAGAAGGCAAAACAAGGAGUCGGCGGAGAGGAGACCAAUCACUAAGAGAACUCCAAAAGGAGGUCGAAUAUCAAGAUCGGAGCAAUCUCCACGCAGAGCUGUGAGCACACGCAAGCGAAGUGAGGCUGAAAGGAAAGGCAAAAAUGUGGUAGGAUCCUCUUCGCAGGUGUGGCAACCAAAGAGUUCUCAAAGUCUGCCUACUAAGCAAGUUGGGGGUUCACGGAGCACAGAGGAAUCAUCAGCCGUUCCACGGACUAGGAGUGACUCUCAGGGCCCGAUGACAAAAGGAGCAUCCUCAGGAGCAAGGGAACAAGAGGCAAGCCCCAUUCCGGAAAAAAGAAUCACUGAAGCAGAGCCAAGUGGUACUAAGAGAAGGAGGCUUAGCAGAAGUGACGAAAGGAUUCCAAAAAAGGCCAAGGUUGGAGAACUCCAAGAAGAAGGAACCCCGUCGGUCUUUGAGAGGCUAGGCUCGCAAGGCAAGGGUUCUGGAGGAAGAAGUUCGGGAAGUAGGAGCUCAAGUGAGAAACAUCAUUCUGCCUCUGUGGCAGCCAAUACCCCUAACCGUUCCGCGCAGCGGAUAGUGCUAGGGAGUGGAAAAAUUGUGGAAGAAGGGUUGAUGGUUCGUCAGCUGCAGGAGAUACACCGGGUGUAUUCUCCUGAUAUAAUAUUCCUCAGUGAGACAAAGAACAGAAGAUGGUAUAUGGAAGAGAUCAUGGUAAAGCUUGGAUUUCAUGAUCUUAGAACAGUGGAACCAAUUGGUAGAAGUGGAGGAUUAGCCGUCCUAUGGAAAGAGGCAUGUGUAUACGGAGAGCCAGUGAAAGGAAAUCGAAGUGGGGUGUGGGAGAGACUCACCAGAAUAGGAGUUAACAGAGAUGCGCCUUGGUUUUUAACCGGCGACUUCAACGAAAUAGUGGACCAAUCAGAGAAACUUGGUGGAGCUCUUAGGAGCGAUGUAGAAGGAGCAGAGUUUAGGCAGAUGAUGUCGGACUGCGGCCUCUGGGAAAUCCAACACAAGAGCUACAAGCUUUCCUGGCAUGGGGUUAGGAACAAUGAUCUGGUACAAUGCAGGCUUGACAGAUCAUUGGCAAAUCAGGAGUGGCUUCACCUUUUCCCGUCAGCUUCAGCGCGCUACCUCAGUAAAGGCUGCUCUGACCAUAGCCCGGUUAUGAACUUUCUUGAUGGAGUGGAGUGGAGAAAGCGACCUAUGUUCAGAUAUGAUCAGCGGUGGAUCAAGAAGGAAGGUUUCUCAACCACUGUGACGAGCAGCUGGUGCGGUAGAGAAGCAGGACAGGUGAGCUUAAUGCAGAGAGUAGCAAACUGUAGGAAAGCUAUCUCAGGAUGGAAGAAGACUGCCAAACCGAACUCUGCUAUCAGGAUACAAGAGCUCCAUCAUCGGAUGGAUGAGGCUUCCCGCAGGAAUCUUUAUGUGCCGGGAGAGCUAAAGCAACUAAGGCAGGAGCUCAAUGAGGAGUAUUACAAUGAAUAA